AUUUUAAGAAAUUUUUAAUAAUUUAAAAUUUUUCCUUUUUAUGGCCAAUUCUGAUAGAAAAAUUAAGAACAAGGCUAUGCAUGGCUUAUACUUUUCUCUGCCUUGUCUACGAUUGUUUCUACUUGUUACCUAUUAUCUUUUAUUAUUAUUUCAUAAACAGAUGUUUGGAUUUUUGUCUAUUUGCCAGUUCAGCACUGGACAAAUUAACUGCUGUAACUUAGGUCAUUCAAGUAUUCCCAAGAAUUUUCCUGAAAGUACAGUUUCUUUGUAUCUAGUUGAACUGAAUAUAUCCAUAAAUGAAAGUGAAUUAAGUGAAUUUUUUUGUUUUUAUCAAGCUUUGGUAGUAUUAUAUUUGGAUAAUUCUAGCAUUGUGUGUACCUAUCCAAAAACCUUUGUUCAGUUGAUAUUAUACUUUCUAUGUCUAAAUAAUAAUUUUAUAAAAUGCUUGGAUCCUGGAAUUUUUGAGGAACUUUCCAAUCUUCCUAAUAUAUAUUUGCAGUCUAAUCACAUACCUUUUGUUUUAAAGGAAGUAUUUAAUGAUCUAGUUUCAGUUCAGUACUUAAAUCUACUGCGGAAUUCCCUUGCUUUCCUUGGGAGUGGUACCUUUGUUGGUAUGAUUGCUUUUCAGAUACUUGAUUUAUCAAUCAAUAAAAUUCUAAUAUCAGAUUCAGGCUUUCAGCAUCUUGGAAACCUGAAUUAUUUGUAUCUAGAAGGUACUAAUUUAACAAAGGAACCACCAUAUGCUUUUGAACUGCUUAAGAAUCUUAAAAAACUUCUUUGUCUUGUAAAUCACAAGCCCUUUGCAUUUAAAGGACUUAUCAACUACAGUAUUUCAUGAAAAAUUAAAAAAAUUGAAUAUGUUACUAGGACUGGAUUUAGUGGAACUAAGAUCAAACAUUUGAUUUUAAGUUAUAAUGAUUUAGAAAAUUGACAGUAGCUUGUUAAAUAAUUUAAUUUACUGCAAUUUUGUAGAAACAGAAUAGUCAGCAUUGAUCAUGACACAUUUGAAAACAAAGCAUCUUUGAAGAUCCUUAAUCUGUCAUUUAAUAAUCUUACAGACUUACAUCCAAGGGUCCUUAAGCCAUUGUCUUCAUUGACUCAUCUUCAGGCAAAUUCUAAUCCUUGGAAAUGUAACUACAAACUAUUGGGCCUUCGCAACUGACUAGCAUCUUCAACCAUUAUAAACAUCUCUUGUCAGAAUCCCCCAUCCAUGCGUGGCAGAACGUUGCAUUAUAUUAAGUGGACUGUCUUUCCAAAUUGUGAUACAUCUUCAACAAAUGUAUCCAGAGCUUGGGCUGUAAAAUCUCUUCACAUUCAUCGCAAGACCACUGCGUUAAUGAUGGCCUGGCAUAAAGUAACCACAAAUGGGAAACAUUUGGAAAAUAUUGAGAGCGUAACUUUUUGGGAACAAAUUCGUACUUCACCUGCCAGUAGAUUUUUUCAAGAGAAUACUUUGGGUAAUCCAUUAGAGACUACUGCAGUGUUACCUGUGCAAAUACAGAUUACUUCUUCUGUUAACUUGAACUUGGAAAAAAACAGUGCUAUCCCAAUUGAUGCUACUUCAGAGUCAGGGAAAACAGCUCUGAUUUGUACACAAGAAGUUGAAAAGUUGAAUGUGGCUUUUGACAUUUUGCUGGCUUUUUUCAUUUUAGCUUGUGUUUUGAUCAUUUUUUUGAUAUACAAAGUUGUUCAAUUUAAACAAAAACUAAAGGCACCAGAAAACUCAGGAGAAAAUAGACUUGAAUACUACAGUUUUUACCAGUCAGCAAGGUAUAAUGUAACUGCCUCAAUUUGUAAUACUUCCCCAAAUUCUCUAGAAAGCCCUGGUCUAGAGCAGAUUCGACUUCAUAAACAAAUUGACCCUGAAAGUGAGGCACAGGUUAUUCUUUUUGAACAUUCUGCUUUAUAAUUCAUCUAAAUAUUGGCUAUAAGAAAACUUCAGUGUGAUGGAUAUAAAUAGAACUGAAGCCUCCUUAUAGAAUUAUAAACUUCAUUUGGAAAUAUAAUGAAUUAUAUGAGUUUAGCAUUAAUA